GGCAUCCUGGAAUCAUUUUAGGCAACAAAAACUGCAGUAAAAGGGGGGGAAAAUGAAAAUGGAGAGAUUCUGCAUUCUGUUGUUAGCUUGUCUGGUGGCUUCUGCUGCUGCCCAAAGCGCUUCCAAUGUGAGAGCUACUUACCAUUUAUAUAACCCUGAGCAGAAUAACUGGGACUUGACCGCUGUAAGUGCUUUCUGCGCCACCUGGGAUGCCAAUAAGCCUCUGGAAUGGCGCCGCAAAUAUGGAUGGACGGCCUUUUGUGGUCCAGCUGGUCCUCGAGGGCAAGCUGCUUGCGGCAGGUGCUUAAGGGUCACGAACACCGGGACCGGAGCUCAGGCAACGGUGAGAAUCGUUGAUCAGUGCAGCAACGGAGGCCUAGAUUUGGAUGUCAAUGUGUUUAGACAACUUGACACAAAUGGGAACGGCAUUGCACAAGGCCACCUAAUUGUGAACUAUGACUUUGUGGAUUGUGGUGACUAAAAGCCCUUUGCCCUGUUCUCCCAAGCAAUUUUUAAGUUACAAUAAGAGUUUCCAGUGCCUCAUGAAUAAAUUAUCUCUAAGAAAAUAAAGUUGCUACUUGUAAACUCUAUAAUGAUACAUAUAUAUUGUUGUGAAGAGAAGGGAGAUAUGAUUAUGAACAAAUUUUUCUACUAUGCAUCAGGCAUCAGCU